AUGCAGGUCAACACCGAACUCAAAAAAAUGGUCGCCUUCAUAAAACAAGAAGCCCUCGAGAAGGCCCGUGAGAUCAGCAUAAAAGCCGAUGAGGAAUUCGCCAUCGAAAAGUCCAAACUAGUCCGAACAGAGACGCUAGCGAUAGACACCCAAUACGAGCGCAAAUUCAAGCAAGCUGAACUGUCGCAACAAAUUGCGCGCUCGAACGUCACGAACAAGACGCGGCUCAAGGUUCUCGCUGCGAGACAGCAGCUUCUGGACGACAUCUUUGAGAAGGUCCGUGGGAGGUUGGCGGACAUUAGCAAGGAUGAGGAGAAUUACGGGGAGAUAUUGAAGAAUUUGGUGUUGGAGUGUGUGUACGCACUUGAUGAGAGGAAUGUUAGUAUCCGUGUUAGGGAGAAGGAUCUAGAGGUUGCCAAGCGGGCGGUGGAGAAGGCCAAGGGGGAGUAUAAAGGGGGGCUGCAGGUGGAGAUUGAGGAGGGGAAUUGGUUGCCUGCUGAGGAGUUUGUCUACCCUCUUAUCCCCAUUACCACCUUCUUGUGCGAUCUGACAAUGGAUACGUGUGCCAUAUAGCCACGGCGGAAUCUACAUGAUCAGCGGUAGCGGGAAGAUCUCCAUCAACAACACUCUGGAAGAACGCCUCAAGCUUCUGGAAAUCGAAGCGCUACCGGCCGUCCGCGCCAGCGUCUUUGGACAAAACCCCAACCGCAAGUUCUACGAUUGAUUGAUUGAUUGGCCGGCCCCGCUCACCCCCCCCCCUGCCAUCCCAACCAUGGAUACGCAUGUUUUCGCUUUUAUACUCCAUUAUUGUUCGGGGAAAAAAAGAGCCUGUGAUCCUACUUUUUCUUUUUCCUCCUUCUUUCUAUAGCUCUUAUAUCAUACGUAUAGUGCCCAACCACUAGCCCCGUAUUCACUCCCCUUCCCAUCUUUCCUUCCGUGCCGUAGCGUAACGUAAUAGAGCUUCCAAGCAUGACCCUCGCCACCCAUUUUUCCAUGCUGGGAUUAUACCUUGCCUAGAGCCUCCGACCUCGCGUAUCUACCAUACCCACGAGC